AUGGGUGGCGUUGGUGAUGAUAGAUCAAGUUAUUGUAGCGGUGGUGGUUGUGGUACUGGUACAGGUCGCGGUGAUGAUGGCAGUGUUUGUCCGAUCACGGCUUUAGGCUUGCUUCAGUUUUCGGCCUGGCCUUCAAGAUUGCAGCAGUUGAAGGUACGGGCCAUUGAUAUUCUGGAUCUAUUGCUUAAUUGCGAUAAAAUGAUUUUUGGGAUCGCAGCUAUUGACUGUGAUAGUAGUAUCCCGGCUAUUAACAUCACUGUUGCUUUACCGGUUGGAGCUGCAAAUUUUACCAGCAUUCAAGGUGCCGUCAAUUAUGUUCCAGAAAACAAUAAUCAAUGGUUUCGAAUACUUGUUCAGGCCGGCGACUAUAGUGAACAAGUGGCAGUUAAUAGGUCAUGUAUCAUACUCGAAGGUGAUAGCCAUGGAGGUACUACCAUUAAAUUCAAUGCUCAUGAUACACCUUUGGACAGUCCGACUUUCUACUUGACACAGGAGGCCGAGAAUUUUGUCGCCAAGUAUAUAAAUUUCAAGAACAUAUUCAACUACGCAAAAUACCGGUUUGACGGAUAUAAUAGAAUGAUGAACGGCAAACGGGGUAUGAAUGACCCUGAAAUAAAACCGGCUGUCGCAGCUUUGGUAAUGGGAGAUAAAGCUUCAUUCUACUAUUGCAAUUUCUAUGGAGUUCAGGAUACACUUUGGGAUCAGCAAGGCCGCCAUUUUUACCAAAAUUGUCGUAUUGAGGGUCUAUGCGAUUUCAUUUGGGGCAAUGCACAGUCUUAUUACGAAAUAAGUCAUAACUGCCAUUUGGUAUCACAAGGGGCGGGCUACAUAACAGCUCAAGGUAUGGAAACAGAAGAUCAACCAACUGGGUUCGUGUUCAAUGGAGGAAUAGUAUCGGGGAUCGGUCCGACAUACCUUGGAAGAGCUUAUAGAGGUCAUUCGCGUGUCAUAUUUAAUGGUACAAGCUUUGACUCCAACGUUAUCAAUCCAUUAGGAUGGUCGUCCUGGGAUUACACCGGUCACGAAGCCAAUUUUACAUACGUGGAAGCAAGUUGUGAUGCAAGAUUAAAUAAACAGGGGAAAGAAAUGGAAAAGAUCCUUGAUUCAACAGAAAUCAAAAAGUUCAUCACUUACUCUUUCAUCAAUGACCCAGAACAAUGGAUCAACAACAACAACCUACCCUAUUAG